GAUUUCAAAUCGGCAUAGAAAAUAUGUUUUAGGGUUAAUUUCUCUAAAUUGCAUAAUUCCUACAAAUAUUUAACAAUAUAGUCUAUUUGGCUGAAAUUAAACAUACAUUGUUUUUGUUCGUGGGAAUAUUUCUUAGACCCCAACCAAUUCAAAUAUGAACGGUCUUUGCCCGUUGACUAUUGCGCUGUAUGUGUGGUGUAGCGGUAGUGCUCCCGACUAGGACAUCAGCGGUCGUGAGUACGAUUCUUGCAGCGACGACAAAUAAUUUGCUCAUAAGUUUAAUAACAUGCGUUGCGCGGGCAUUUCUUACCACAAUUUGAGAGGACAAAUGUCUGCGCGCACUAGUGCGGUGCGGUGCGGCGCGGAGCCUCGCUGUUUUUACCGCGCAGCGAAGUCCGCACACUGAAGCGGCGCGUCUCGGUCCGACGCAGGGCGAUACCGCGUGAAUGCUCGAAGAAGCAUCCGAGCGGCGUUUGCCUCUCCGAUAUUUUGUAUUCUCGGAAUCCUUCGGCUAUUAUCGACAAUCGAACAAAGAAGUCAAAAUGAAAUCGAAUGUAUCGAUAACAGUACAUACAUUGGUUUUGCACUUGUUGCGGUGUUAUUCGAAAUCGAAAUUAAGGUGUGUAACUCUAUAACGAUUUUUAAAUAAAAUAAAAAAAAUAGAAGGCAAAAUUGAAAAACCACUCCAAAGACGCCUUUAGGAGUUUUCUUUACAGCUUUCGCGAAUCGACAUGUUAUUCGGGACCAAAGCGUUCAUGUUGUUACUGCUGCAGUCUCUUUAUAUGAUACCUUCAGAUGGACGAAUUUGGAAUCAGUUCAUAGCGAAGCAUCUGCAGCAUUUGAUUCAACAACAUCUACCAAAGUCAGCACUACUACCUUCAUGUCAAGCCUAUGAGAUAUGCACUAGUCUGAGAAAUUGUCGUGACUUGUAUAACGUGUAUAAAUCCAGUAAAGAUGCCAGAAAUGAAAUAUUAAAAGACAGAAAGUGCAGCCGUAAACGACAUUUUUUUUGUUGCCCGAGACCCAGGAACUUUUUACCAACGGAAAACUGCGGAAGAUCGUAUAACCGAACGCAAGGCAGAGAGGCAGGACUCAACGAGUUUCCUUGGAUGGCAAUGCUUUUGUAUGGAAAAACUGGACAAAUGGAACACCAUUGUGGGGGCUCCCUGAUAAACAACUGGUACGUCCUGACCGCCAGCCACUGUGUCAGAGAUCCUGGAAAUAAUGGUAUAGGCGCUCCUAAAAGAGUGCGCCUGGGGGCACAUAACACCAAUCCCAAAAAAACCGUGCCGUUUGCUCUUCCUUAUGUUGAAAUCGACGUGGUGCGAGUUAUACCGCAUGAGAAGUACUUCCACGGUAAUGUUUUUAGGAACGACAUAGCCCUACUGCAACUAAAAGUGCCAGUACGUUUUUCAGCGGCAAUCAAACCGAUUUGCCUUCCGACCUUACAAGCUGUACCUUCGGGCCGCAUUUUUGAAGCAGCCGGCUGGGGAAACCAAAGUUCAGUAUUAAGGCGCAGCUUCCUUAAGGAAAACAAUCCAAAUGGAUAUCAAUGUAAACGACUGGCUUGUGACUCAAAAUCUCAAAUCUGUGCAGGCGGAGAUCAGGACGGAAAUGACACCUGUGAAGGGGAUUCCGGAGGUCCCCUAAUGGACACCACAUCACGACGGAAAGAAAAUGUAAUUUUUUUGGCCGGCAUCAUAUCUUAUGGAUAUUCUCAGCGCGGACAAAAAAACAAGCCAUCUAUUUACACAAAAACUGAACACUACCUCGAAUGGAUAUCGUCUAAAUUGGCCAAAAAUUGAAAUCAAACAAAAGUACCUCUUAACGAUUUAAAAAUAAGGUAGCAAUC